GCCAACAUUCAAAAACCGGCGCUCGCAGAGGUGGCGGCUGCUUGCGCAAAACGCUAUUGUAGGCAGUUAUUGUAGGCUCGUGGUGGUCGGUUGAGGCAAUUCGAAUUGGUGCUCGCGGCAGGUCGCGGCAGAUCGCGGUGCUCGUGGUCUGAGGUGUGCUACGGAGCCCGGGACGUUGAACGGUCAGACGGAUUCCGCCGUUCUCUCACGAUGGCCUCUGCUAUCCCUACCAGGACGGGCCCAGCCGUUACCAAGGACCUACCAGAGAUUGUCCUGGACAAAAAGUCUAAAAAGGAAUACGUCCGGGGCAAGUUCCUCGGAAAGGGCGGGUUUGCAAAGUGCUACGAGCUAACAGACAAGGCAACGAACACGAUCUACGCAGGCAAGGUGGUUUCCAAGGCACUUCUCGUGAAGUCGCACCAGAAAGAAAAGAUGGCCCAGGAAAUCCAGAUCCACAGGAGCCUGAAUCACAAACACAUUGUGGGCUUUCAUAGCUACUUUGAAGAUGAAAAGAAUGUGUACAUAAUCUUGGAACUUUGCAACAGGCGGUCCCUCAUGGAAAUGCACAGACGUCGCAAGACGCUGACGGAGGCGGAGGCACGCUACUUUCUUCACCAGAUCCUCCUUGCCUGCCGCUACCUCGUGCAGCAGAAGGUCAUCCACAGAGACCUCAAACUGGGUAACCUAUUGCUCAAUGACAGCAUGGAGCUAAAGGUCGGCGACUUUGGUCUCGCCACCCGUGUGGACUUCGACGGCGAGAGGAAGAAGACCCUCUGCGGCACGCCAAACUACAUCGCACCGGAAAUACUGGCAAAGAAAGGGCACAGCUUUGAAGUUGACAUCUGGUCUAUUGGGUGCAUCUUGUUUACACUCAUUGUGGGCCACCCUCCUUUCGAAACACCCACACUGAAGGAAACUUACGUGCGCAUAAAGAAAAAUGAAUAUCAUGUGCCUUCAUCGGUAAGCUCUCCUGCCCGGAACCUCAUCCGCCGCAUGCUUCAGCAGGAGCCGGAGAAGCGGCCCAAUAUUGAAGCAAUUAUGGUGGACGAGUUUAUGACCUGUGGACCCUUGCCAUCGCGCCUCCCGACAUCUUGCCUAACCACCGAACCUAGGUUCGACACUCUCAAUGCCACCCUGAGUGUGACUGCCCGCAGACCUCUGCUGGAGCGUAACGAAGGCCGCGACCUGGAGGCGAAGGUCACUCCAAUCAGAAGCCACCCAGAGAAAGAGACCAAGCCAGUACAGUGCCUCAAGCCACAGCUACCGGCUCCACCAGUAGGUGCUCAAAAGGCAGCAGCAGACAGCCCGGCACGCAAGGGUGCUCCGCAAGAGGCACAUCUCACCGAACUCCAGCGCCUUCUACGUCGUCUGUGCAAUGCUCGGCCACCCGAGCAGCGCUUCGAGCGCCCCGAUGAGGCGGAGGACCCAGCCUCGGUGCCAGUGUUCUGGGUGAGCAAGUGGGUGGAUUACACCGACAAGUAUGGACUAGGCUAUCAGCUCUGUGACAACAGCAUCGGCGUGGUCUUCAACGACAACACCCGUGUCAUCUUGCUGAACAACAACCUGAGCGUGACGUAUGUCGACGAGAACAGCAUUGAACACUACCACACUGUGGAGGAGUACCCGCCGUCACUGGAAAAAAAGAUGACCCUCUUGAAGUACUUCUGUACCUACAUGAAGCAGUACCUGCUCAUGACGGGCGAGGAUGUGAGCCCCCGGGAAUGUGACAACCUUGUCAGGCUACCAUGCCUUGGAACGUGGCUUCGCACUCGUUCAGCCAUAUCGUUCUACCUCACCAACGGGACGGUUCAGAUCAACUUUUUCCAGGACCACACCAAGCUGAUCCUGUGCCCGCUCAUGUCAGCAGUGUCUUACAUUGACAAUAACAGGGUUUUCCACACUUACCGGCUUGAGACACUCCAUAAAGGAUGCCCACCAGAUCUGUUCUCCCGUCUCAAGUACGCACGGACCAUCCUAGACAGACUGGCCGGUACACCUACACCAUCCUAGUCCGACCACCCAGCUGCUGCCCCUUUGGCAUGUGUUCCCGCCAAGUGCGACUUCUUCAAAGCUUCAGGGGUGUGCUUUUUUUUUUUUUUUUUUUUGUCAAUGAAGAAAAAAAUACAUGACUCGGGUUGCCAACAAAACUUGUACAUAGUGUUUCUUUUUUACUGCACAUGUCCAUGUUCUUAGUUUUUAUUAUUUAGCAUAUGUCACUCUUUUACCAUUGCCUGUUUCCCAUGUGUUCCAUCAUUGCAGAUGACAAUAUGCUGGAAAUUUUCAGCUGCACAUCGAGUGCACUCCUCUCCCCCAUUCCCUUUUCUUUUUUCACAAUGCUUUCUUUGUGCAAGGCUUGAUGUGGUGUGCUAUUGCAAUAGCCAUCAGGCAUAUCUGGCUUUUUUUUUUAUGCCAGUAAUUGCAGUUUUAUAUUAGUGGUCUAUGCUGACUGAUCCAGAUUGGACCUUUCUUUGUCCUCGUAUUGUUACUGUAGUGUUUUCAGUGUUGCUAACGUUUCCUAUAGCUGUCUGCAUACAUAUUUGCUAGAGACCAUGAUCUCGUAUUGUUGCCUUGAAAAGCUUAUGCAGCAGAGAUUUAGCAAUGAUUUAUUUAUUGUAUGUGCAUUGCGCUUGGUCGCUGAAACAAUGCUGGGGUUUUUUUAUCAAGAGGUUAGUCUCCAGUGGUGAAUUAUUGGGGCAAUGUAACAGUGUGUUCCAUCUAUUUCAUGCUGUGUAUCUUCCAUGUUGCAUUGUGCUAUAUGUUCAAACAUGACUGGCCAUAUGGAGACUUAUAUACAUUUUGCCGCUGACAAUGUGGUCUUUCUGCAGAAAUUUUAUUUUUGCAGUCCACAAAUUGCUCCAGAUGCAGUGGUGCAUGUAGGCUUCAAUUGCCUUGCUGAAUGCAGGAUGAAAAAUUUUGAGCUGUAAUAAAAGUGAUCACCGUUGCAUUUUCAGCCAGUA